AUGGUAAAAUGUGAAUUACCAUGGUACAGGACUACCUCACAAACAGAUUGCAACAAUGUACAAAUAAAUUCAACUGAUGCUGGUUAUAUAAGUAGUCCUAAUUAUCCCAAUAAUUAUCUAGAUAAUUUACAAUGUACAUGGUCGAUUACUGUCGAUAAGGGUAACCAAAUUCAAUUGAUUGUUGAGGAUUUUUCAACUGAAUCACUACACGAUCAAAUCUAUAUAUACGAUAAUUAUCAACAACAACAACAAAAGUUGCUAGCUAACUAUAGUGGCCAAUUAAUAGCUAGUAGUAGUAGUGAUAUUAAAUCUACAUCAAAUACAAUGGUCAUCCUAUUUAAAACUGAUCAUAGUCAAACACGUAGUGGAUUUAAGCUAAGUUUUAAGGAAAUAGUUAAAACAAUUAAUUUAUCAAAAUUUGCCAUGGACAAUUUGUUGUGUGAAUCAAAUCUAACCAAUCAAACUGGAUCAAUUAGCUAUUUAAGUAACGUUAACAAUCAACUUAAUAAUAAAUGUUUAUGGAAUAUAACAACUAACCCUGGUAAAACAAUUAUGUAUCGUUAA